AUGAGUCAACACAAGGAAGGCCCAGAAGAGCCACAUGAGGGGUGGCAGGGAGGGGAGGGCCACCCAUCUCCCCGGCCUAGGGAGCAGGGAGACUCAGGCACCUGGAGGAGACAGAGGGGAGGGACAGGGUUAGAGUGCAGGGGGGAAGGGCAGCGUCCUGAGAGCCUGCGGUGCACAGACGCCCCCAAACCGCAGGCGGAGGUGUGCCGGGGAGACCUUAGCUUCCGUGCCCCCCCAUCCCGUGUGCCAGGUUACCUGCCACAUGUCGGCCCUGGUUCAGGCAGCCGAGGCAUCUGGGAGGGCAGGGGAGAGAGCCCCCUCCCUAGCGGGAGCACUUGCCCGCCUCAGUUUCCUCCUUUCACCUGGGGGGGGGGGUCCUACUUGGGCUGGGCUGUGCAAACCUUCCUGCUAGCUCUUCUGCACUGUUUGGCUCUGCGUCCUCUGUCAGCCCAGGGCUCACCAGGCGGGGGCCCGGCCACCUUGGGGUCCCUUUCUCUCCCCUCCCCACCCCGUCACUCACUCAUCCUUGCAUCUAGGGGGCUCCUCCGCUCGGCUUCAGCUAGGAAUGACAAGUGGGCGGUUUCUGGCUGGACUUGGAGGCAGCCCCUCCCCAAUCCGGCCGGGCAGCCGGAGAAGGUGAAGUGCCGGACGUCAUCGGGGCGCCAGGGAUACAUGGACACACCCCCUCCUACCUUUGACCUCCCUGGGGAGAAGAAAAGGUCAGGCUCCGCCCCUACCGUAAAGUGCCACCGCCGUACUUCCCAGGCCCUGCCCUCUUUCUCCGCUGACUGGCUUUGCCGAGUGUCUGCGCCUGCGCAAACUCUGGAAAACAGCCCUCGCCUCCGCGCCCGUUCCUUUCGUGCUUCGGCGCCGCGCGGGUGAGGAGCUCACGUCUCCAGCUUCUGUCGCCGCCGCCACCGCUUCCGCCGCCUCCAUCCCUGCUCUGCGCCCGCGUCGCCCAUCGACAGCAUGCCGUCCAAGGGGCCGCUCCAGUCCGUCCAGGUCUUCGGACGAAAG